UUCGCCGGCCAGCAUCGCUCGGCCCGUCACCUCCUCACCAAACCAAACCGGAAUCACUUGUCCACUCUGCACCAACAAGCCCAAGUGCCAAUCCCCCUGCGCAUCGCUGUCAAUCUCCUCCGCUAUAAUUACUCCAUUUCUGCUCACUACGCAUGGCCUCUUAUCAUCUCUCUCUCCACUCUUAUGUCCGUACAUCUCUCUACUCGUUCCCACGAAAUCUGUCUUCUAAAAAGCCGAACAUCUUACUAUUCUCGCAGCGCGUGAGUGCAGUUCCCGGCUGGCUUAUUCGCUUCUCGUCCGGUUUCAAAUUGGUGCAGAAUCCCGAUCGGUUUAAUCGUAGCGUGAGAGCUUCGGUGGCCGGGAUGGCGACGGGGAAAAGCAAAGAGAAAAAGGUGGAGGUGUUUGAUAGCGAGGAGGAUCUGUCGGUUUCUUUGGCAAAAUAUACUGCCGAUUUGUCCGAGAAGUUCACCAAGGAGAGAAGUGCUUUUACGGUUGUCUUGUCCGGCGGUUCCCUCAUCAAGUCCCUCAGGAAAUUAGUGGAACCGCCAUACAUUGACUCGAUUGAUUGGUCGAAAUGGCAUGUUUUCUGGGUUGAUGAGAGAGUUGUUCCUAAGGAUCAUGUUGACAGCAACUACAAACUAGCGUACGAUGGAUUUCUCUCUAAGGUACCUAUUCUACCCGGUAAUGUCUAUGCCAUAAAUGAUGCACUCUCACCGGAGGGUGCAGCUGAUGAUUAUGCGACCUGCCUCAAACAUUUGGUUACAAACAAGGUGAUUGAAACUUCAUCAAUUUCUGGGUUCCCAAAGUUCGAUCUCAUGCUUCUAGGCAUGGGCCCUGAUGGGCACGUAGCUUCUCUCUUUCCAGGGCAUCCCCUUGUCAAGGAGAACGAAAAAUGGGUUACCUUCAUUAAAGACUCACCAAAACCACCUCCAGAGAGAAUCACAUUUACUUUUCCCGUUAUUAACUCAUCUGCAUAUAUUGCACUUGUGAUAUGUGGUGCCGGGAAAGCUGGCCCCGUGCAUGCAGCAUUGGGCGAUAGCCAAAGCCCUGAUAUUCUGCCUGUUCAAAUGGUUUCCCCUGAAGGGGAACUAGCUUGGUUUCUGGAUAAAGAUGCAGCUUCGAAGCUGUAGGGAGUUUCAUGUUUAAGCUUUUCCGGCUUUGUCUUUGAGGUAUUAGGAAGGUUGUAAGAGAAGGUAGUUUGCCAUUGGAUUGCGAGUUCUAGUGGUAUGCAAGUACUGAUGGAUUUUGAAUAAAAUAUGUAUGUACAACUUAAUAUGAUUAUUUAUGGUUUCAUUUAACAAGUUUAUUCA